CAAUUUUAAUGCAUAUGGACGAGAGUAUCUCCCUCUCUCUCCUCCAAAAAACCUCUCAUCCAUCACAACAAUUAAAGGGUGAAAAUUUCCACAAAAGCCAUGACAACAACUCCAUUCUCUCAUAAUAAGAAAUAUUGAAAAAGUAGCAUCACUCUUCGAACGCACGAAAGUUAUUUGCAGAAUUUAUCCAAAGAAGAAGAUACCGCUCCAUUUCAAUUUCAUCCUAGUUGGUACUACCAGGAAAACUUUGUCAAAAUGAGUCACCAGUGUGUUCCCAGCUGGGAACUUGAUGACAAUCCCACCACAGCUCCGAAGGUCUCACUUCGCUCCCACUCCAAUUCAGGCGCACCAUACAUGCCCAUGUUAAACUACGAAGUAGCAGAGCUAACAUGGGAGAACGGCCAGCUAGCCAUGCACGGCCUAGGGCAACCGCGCGUGCCAGCCAAACCAAUAGCCUCCACUUCACCCUCCAAGUACACAUGGGACAAGCCACGCGCCAGCGGCACCCUUGAAUCCAUAGUCAAUCUAGCCACAUGUAUACCUCAGUGCAAUAAGCAAACUUUUGACAAUAGUGGUUCAGACCAUGACCUUGUGCCAUGGUUUAACCACCAUAGAGCUUCAGCCUCCGCCACAAUGACUAUGGACGCUUUGGUCCCUUGCUCCAAGCGGUCUGAUCAGGAACGGACCACACGAGUGAUAGACUCCAGCCCCGCCGGAUUAGGCACUGAUUGCGUGGUGGGAUGCUCCACUCGCGUGGGGUCUUGCAGUGCCCCAACUGCAACGCAAAACGAGGUCGUGGGUCUCCUCACCAGGAAACGUGAGAAGGUGGCGCGUGUCCCAGUCCCGGCUGAGUGGAGCAGAGACCAAAGCGUCAAUCGUGGUGCCACGUUUAGCAAGAAGGACAGCCAGCAAGUGACGGUGGACAGUUGCGAGAGAGAGUUAGGUGUUGGGUUUACUUCCACUUCUUUCGGGUCGCAAGAAAACACCAGUUCUGGAACCAAGCCAUGUACUAAAACCAUCACAGCAGAUGAGAAUGACUCUGUUUGUCACAGGAGACCACAGAGGGAGGCAGGUGACGAAGAUGACAAGAAGAAAGGAAAUGGGAAAUCCUCAGUUUCUAAUAGACGAAGCAGGGCUGCUGCUGUUCAUAACCAAUCUGAACGUAAAAGGAGAGAUAAGAUAAACCAGAGGAUGAAGACACUGCAGAAACUGGUCCCCAAUUCCAGCAAGACGGACAAAGCCUCAAUGCUUGAUGAAGUGAUUGAAUAUUUGAAACAACUGCAAGCACAAGUACAAAUGGUGAUCAGAAUGAAUAUGCAGCCAAUGAUGUUACCAAUGGCUUUGCAACAGCAACUUCAGAUGUCAAUGAUGGCUCCACUCAGCAUGGGGAUGGCUGGUAUGGGAAUGGGAAUGGGUGUUGUGGACAUGAACACGCUUGCAGCUCGUUCCAACAUUACAGGGGUUUCUCCAGUUCUUCACCCCACUGCUUUCAUGCCCAUGACCACAUGGGAUGGGUCUAAUUGUCAUGAACGGUUACCAACUGCAGCUCCUUCAGCAACGGUAAUGCCAGACCCACUGUCUGCAUUCCUUGCGUGCCAAUCACAGCCAAUGACCAUGGAUGCUUACAGCAGGAUGGCUUCAAUGUACCAGCAGCUACAUCAACAAUCUCCUGCUUCUAAUUCCAAGAGCUAAGUUUUAUGCUAUGCAUACUGGUGUCUUUUUUAGACAAAAUCUUGGCUGGCCACAGACAAAAGGCAAAAAGCUCCGCUUAUGAGUGUGAUUAUAUGUUUGCUUGCAAUGGUUAUAUAUAUAAGUCUGAAACAUGCACUAUUUUGUUUGAUUUAUUCAAGCUGCACGGUUCAGUAAGGAAGCAAGGCUGAUGCUCUUCACGCAGUCUAGGAUCACUUUAGUUAAUUAUUUCACUUUUUUCUAUAGUUUUUAUUUAUCAAUUUCCAACUUAAAUUUUGUAAUACGUUUAUAUUUAUGAUCUCCCUUACAAGGACAAGGUGUAAUGAUUUACAACUUCGGGCAUAUUAUUUUGGGGAUUUGUUUUACUUU